AUGACGACGACUCAGACUUUGACGCAAUCAUCAUCCACGCUGACGGGAUCCUCGUGGAGAUCAUCUUCCCUUCGUGCAAAGCACCACCAACAACGCUCCGUGAUGAGAACGAAAGUCUCCGCGCAAAUCGGAUUCGGAACGGAUAAAAAAUGGUUAAAAACCACCAUAUACCCAGAGUGGGGGUCGUUCCCAAACAGCAAAGAAGGCGUUCCAUCGGAGUGGUCGAACUUAACCCCGGAAGAGUACCGCAAAAACGCGGAUAUCGAAGUCAUCCACGGGAGAUGGGCCAUGUUGGCGGUUUCGGGCGUCUGGGCGCAAGAGAACGCCGGGGCCGGUCCGUGGUGGGAAGCCGGGAAGGAAUGCACGAUUGACUCGUGCAAAUUGACAUACGCCGGGUUUGGGGAUUUCAAAUCCUCACCAACCGGCGCUUUGUUCGGGUUGAUUUUCAUCGAGACGUUGUUAUUAGGCGGCGCGGAGGCGUACCGAACCGGUUUGUUAGAAAACCCGUUCCAAGACGGAUUGAAGCAAAACGACGCGUACCCGGGAGGUAGAUUCGACCCGUUCAACUACGCGGAAAAAGAAGAUUUGGAUUUGAUGAAAAUUCGAGAAUUGAAGCACGGACGAUUGGCGAUGUUGGCGUGGUUGGGUAUUCUCGGUCAGGCGGUGUCCACCAGAGCCGGUGCGGUGAGCAACGCCACCGCGCACAUCGGCGACGUGUACCACUGCAACGUGUUCGAUCGAAGCGGAUGUGGCUUUUAA